UGCGCCCCCGCGGUUGGCCGCGCCUGCUCGCCCCGUCGGGCGUUGGCUCCCCCACCUGCGCCCGUUCUCAGAGCUCGCCCGCCACUUGGCACCGCUCCCCCCCGUCUCCGAUUCUCCGCCCAUCCGCCAAUAAAUGCCCCACGCGGCUCCAACCCUAGCCGCCGCCGCCGCGUCUUCCUCCAUCUCCCAACACCCCGACCUCCUCCUCCUCCUCCUCCUCCUCCUUCCGCUACACCGACAUGGACGGCGUCAGCAGCAAGCGCCGCUCCCCGUCCGCCUCCUCGACCUCCACCUCCUCCGGUGACGUCACCAGUGCAGCCCGGACGCAGCGGGUGACCCGCAAGCGCAGGUCCGGUGGACGCGGGCCCCGCCGCGGGGGCCUCCGGAGGCCGCCGGCGCACCGACCUGUAAAUGAGAUGGAUUUAAAUAGAGCUGUUUUUGAUCCAGAUCAUCAAGUGUUGGCUGGGUUGCAUGUUAUUCUGCAGAAGGAACUCCGAAAUAGUGACAUAAGCCAGCUUGGAAGAAUCAUUCUCCCCAAGAAGGAGGCAGAAGCUUACCUCCCAAUUCUAACAUCAAAGGAUGGCAAAAGUUUAUGCAUGCAUGAUUUGCUAAAUGCACAACUGUGGACCUUCAAGUACAGAUACUGGCCGAACAACAAGAGCAGGAUGUAUGUACUUGAGAAUACUGGGGAUUAUGUCAGAGCCCAUAAUCUUCAAGUAGGAGACUUCAUCAUGAUAUACAAGGAUGACAAUAAUAACAGAUUUGUCAUCCGAGCAAAGAAGGCGGGAGAUGAUCUAGCUGCUACUGUGCCACAAAUCGAUGAGCAUAUCUCUGUCAUGUUGCCAAAACCAGAAGUUGACGACUAUAUGUCUCUCAUUUCACCACAAGCUGAUAUUUCUGCCUUCAUGCCGCAAGCUGAUGAGAACUAUGAGAUAUUUGAUGGUAUUCUAAACUCUCUGCCAGAGAUACCUGCAGCCAAUGUGAGGUACUCUGACUUCUUCAAUCCAUUUGAUGAUUCUAUGGACAUGUCGAAUCCCGGACUGAAUGCCAACAACUCAGUUAACCUGAUGACGCAUUUCCAUGACGAUAAGGCUGGGCUUUCCUUGUUUCCCAACCCAAAAUCUGGGCCUCUCAUAUAAGAUUCAGCCAGAAAACUUCUGGAUCCUAGCAUAACCCUACAUGAGUUCAGAAUCACCAGCCUUGGACGCCAUUGCUGUACAUCCAAAUAAUUGGUGUCCUCAUUUUGUAUGUUGUAUAUGCUUAACUGCUUCUGCUUGUUUAUGAGUAAAAGGUUUCAAUUUUAACUCUUAACUGAAGGUUUCAUCAGAUGAAACGCUGUAGUGUUCAUUUCCGCUCAGAAGUGUUGUUGUGAUGUUUUCCAGCUCAUGAACGUGCCAAUAGAAAAAUGAAAGAUGACAUGUUCCUGGUAACAGAUACAAGCAAAUUUACCGGACGCAUAAUUAAACAACUUUUUUUUUUAAAGAACCACGGUAUGCUGCUGGGAUUCCAACCUCGUGUUGCUGGAUUCCCAGGAAUCUCAACACGGUUGGGCCGUUGGGCUUGAUACUCCUGUCCUGUGUAAGUAGAAACUCGCACCACGUACCGAGUUCUUAUUUCUUUUUUGAUAUCGUAGACAAAUACUUCUCCAGUACGCCAAGGUUAUUGCAA